AAAAUUAAAAAACAAUAAGAAUAUCAAAAUGGAUGAUAAGUUACGUCAAAUGGAAGAUGAGAUGAACAGAUUUGAAGCUGAAAUUGGUGGUCAGUUAGUUACACCAAUGGUUAGACCUGUAAUUGGUGCAAAUACAUAUAAUCAAGUGGCUAGACAGUUAGAACAACAUGAACUUCCAACACCAGUUGUUGCUGCUGCUGCAGCUAGUUUAGCUUUUCCUCCAAUGAUUGGAUUUCCACCACCACCACCACCACCUCCACCACCACCGCCACCACCACCAAUGUUAAUUCCACAACAAGUAGCAAGACAAGGUACGGUUCCUUCUAUUACAACAUAUUCGUCACCUGCACAGAUAAGUAAUCCAUAUUUACCAAAUAUGGUGGACCCGUGUUUAAGUGCUACUCCAAAAACCUAUGAAUCUACAUCAACGCCAAUGAUUCAUCCAGAAAUUAUUGAACAGAUUAUCAAUACAAAGAUCCCAGAAGAUGACAGCAAAAAGAAACCCAAAGUGAAAGGUGUUAGCACUGCAGCAGAAUUAGCAAUUAGUCAAGGGAAAGCAAGUUCUAUUAUGGCUAAUGCCAGUGCAGAAGAGACUCAUCCAAAGGGUAAAGGAAAGAAAAAUAAGAAAAUUGUACGAAUGGCUGGUGGGCAAAUAUGGGAAGAUCCUUCUUUGCUAGAAUGGGAUGAAGAUGAUUUUAGAAUAUUUUGUGGAGAUUUAGGAAAUGAUGUCACAGAUGAAAUGCUAGUAAGAGUCUUUGGCAAGUAUCCAAGCUUUCAAAAAGCAAAGGUAGUCAGAGACAAAAGAACAAACAAGACAAAAGGAUUUGGAUUUGUAUCUUUCAAAGAUCCCCAAGAUUUUAUCAAAGCUAUGAAAGAAAUGAAUGGACGAUACGUAGGCUCACGUCCCAUAAAGCUACGGAAGAGUUCGUGGAAACAACGGAAUUUAGAGACGGUGCGGAAAAAAGAAAAGGAGAAGCAGGCGUUAAUUGGUUUGUUGACCGGACGGUGACGUGACAGAGCAAGUUCAUUUCUUUCCUCGUUCAUACUCGUUUAAUCGGAUUCUAUAGUCACUCGCGAGUGUUGAUUCUAUUCGGACAAUUGUUAUCGUCUGUACGUAAAGUACUUCCUUGUGAAAGUUUGACAAAUAAAUAAUUGACACGUUUCUUAAGAACUCUAUUUCGCAGGAGUAGAACUGUCAAUGAUCGAGCACUGCUAUA